CAAGAUUUUGCGAACUCAUCUUUUGUAAGGCUGUUCCCUAGUUUUCUUAUUUCUUUCGCCCUCUCCGUUGAAAGAGAACGGUGCUAUGGCAGAACAAAACCCUCAUUUUAAUAGAAUUUUAGAUCAAAUCAGAGACAAAUUACGUGCUGAAAACAUAAAGCUGUGGCUUCCACCUUACACUGUCUCAAACGACCUUCCAGGAAUCUACCCGGAGGUAAAUAUCUUAGUGAAAGUCCGAUAUUACAGACUACGCUUGACGCGUUUUAGCUUUUAAUCAGUUCAUCCUUAUUAUCACUGGACUGAUAUCUCAUGUGGUAGCUUAUUUCAGUUUGCAAAAAUAUGUUAGAAACAGAUGACCUAUGGGGAAGAAUGAAUUGUACAUUGUGGUUCAGUUUUAAUUAAAUUAGUUUUGGCUUGAAUAUUUCUUUAUCUUGCAUUCAAACUCAUCAUGGCGCAUCAUCAUUUACCAAAAAUAAAAGAAGACGAGAAAAAAGGGACAUAUUUGAACCAAUGAAUGCGUGCUUGAAGUAGAGGGCAUACUUUCUAAACCAAUCAUAUUCUCUGUUAAAUUUAGUGGGCCACACAGAGAAAUACAGCCUGCUAAAUUGACCAAUCAUAGUUCAUGUACUUACUGAGGAAUUAAAUUAAAGAUCAUAUUAUCUACUGGAUAGCAGAAUAUGGAUUGCUUAAUGCAAUACCUGCCAUUCAUGUAGUGUCUUUAAUUAUCCCAUUCCCCUUAGGCAACUGGGGUAAAUUUGGUUUUCAGGUGACAGAGUAUCUCUUAUUUGUAAUAUAAAUUGAUGAUAAGCUGACACUUUGAAAAAGCUUACCAUCUCUGUUUUAAAAAAAAAACUUACCAUCUCUACUAUUUCUAUCUAAAAACUUUGGAAAAAUUGUUUUCUUUUCUUUUAUAGGAAUUAAUAAACCAGUAUUCUGAAGCUCUAAAUGAAUCUGCAGAAGAAAUUUUUGAAGCACUAGAACAGUUAAGAAUUCGUGCUGUGACAAAGCUUCAGACAGAGCAAAGGUUUGCUAAAUCAGGAAUUGCAACCAUCAAGGUUCACUUUACUGGCAGUGUUCCUCAAGGGAUAAACAACAGAUUGCAAAUACAAACUGGUUUACAUGUUACAGGGGAAGAUUUUAGAAGAAGGUAUAUGUGUUUUUAAUUUACAAAUUUCAUUACAUGUUACAAGCAAAUCUGGCUUUAAGUUGAUUCCAAUACUCAAUUAAUUAAUACAUGUUUUUGAUAUGUUAUUUUUCCUUUCAGCUUGAAAAAAGAAACUGGUCUGGAUGCUGAAAAAAUGAAACUUAUAUGUAAAGGACAUGUUAUAUGUGAUGGUGUGUUGAAACAAAAGUAUAGCUCAUAAUUACUGAGCACAGUAUGAUUUAAACUUGCUGCUUGUUUUUGAAUUAUAGAGUUACAUGAGUUAAUUCCGAUUUUCUAGGAACCUCCUGAACUAGACAGGUCUUUCAUCAGAGUGCCAAAUAUUUAAUACAGGAAAUUAUGCAUCAAGAGUAUUUCCAGGAGGUCACCUUCUGCUUCAAAAAGAAGUUUCCAAUUAGUGCAGGAAAUUUUUAUGUAUUUUUUUUUUCAUUAGCCAAGGAUAGACUUGUAAGCAAGAAGUUUGAUCUACUCUUUUUACUAACCCUAAUUGUACUCUUGACAAUAACUGGAAACAAUUAUUUACUAUAUUUACUAUACUUGUCUAGGUCACUUAAUAUUUAGAAAUGUGCUAUCACUUGUGAGAUUUCUGAUUGGGUAUCAUUACUGGAUGCCUGAGUUGAUGUCAAAUGCACAAAAUCAUGUCACUUACCAGUUAUGCAGUUGCUAAUCUGAGAAGAUUGAAAUAAUGUAAUUUUUAAUUUUGACAAACAGUUGUUGUUAGUGAUCUGGGUCCUCUGCCCAAAGGUCCCAGUUUUUCAGCCUCGCCUAGCAUCAUUGAUUUUCUUAUGGGUGAGACCUUGACCUUACUCUCAUUGACCGUGUUUAAUACCCACUGUCUCUUACAACCUGCAAACUUUAGGCUGAAGAAAUGUUAGAGGUAACUUGCAAAGGUCUUACUGCUUAGUUAUACCCCUUGUGGCUUCUAACCCUUGAACUCUCAGAAAUGAUUAACAUAUAAGUUCUCCCUAAAACAUCCAUGUGUUAUUCAGCAAACAGGUCAGAUAGAAGUUGUUGUCUUGAUCCAAUACUUAAUUCUUGUAACUGAUAUACACAGAAAUGUGUAGUAGUUAGAGAGGAGAAUUAAAAAUCAGAACUUGGGAGUUAAAGGGUUGAAGGAAGCAUCUCGGGGAUAAACUAUGGUGAUGUUGGGUACUUGGCUUCUCUCUCAGCAAAUAAUGACUUCCACCGAUGACUUAGGGCUUCUACCCUUUUUAAACAGACAAAUCUCUUGAGAGUCAGAAUUUGAAGAACAACAGUCAGAUCAUGGUGCUUCUGUUGUCAAAGUCAAGUGCUGAAAUGGAGAAUCAGUGGCAAGGGAAGGAUGAGGCAAGAGAAAAUGUGUCCAGAACUAGACAAGCUGCUGAGGCAUUGUCAAAUAGACAAGACAGUGAGUAGUUUGAUACAAUAGUGAAAUCUUGAGGACUUAGAUUUACCAUGUAAUGAGAGAGAACUGAAAGCAAGUAUACUUUGCAAAAUCUUUUGUAAACAAGUUACAUUAGUUCCAUGUUAUCUUCACUUUAUCUGUGAAAGAGGCACUAUAGAUUUAAACUCUGCAAGUUGCUGUGACUUGAAAUAACCCAUCAUUUGUCUUAAUAAGAAGUUAAUUACACUGAUGGCAAAGCUUCACUGUAUUUAUUAAAUAAAUUCAGUUUCUUUCACAUUUUGCCAGAUCUUAAAGAUGACAGGUUUUUCCUGGAGAUUAGUGAUCAAGAAGGUCAUCCAAUUCAGCUGCCUGAAAAUGAAAGAAAGGUAACAAAGAGAACUACCUGUAUAGUGGAUUAACAAUGUUAAAAGCUUGUGAACUUUGUGACCAUUUUUGAAAUUUUUCAUCAAUGUUUUAGUAAUCUGUCACAAUUGCAAAAAAAUAUUUCAUUAUUGCCAUUAUUUUGCAACGUUACUUAUUAUUUUCUUUUGUUUUUACUGUGUAGGCUUUGGCUCUGGCUCUUACGUUGCACGAAAAAGGACGAAGUGUUCUUAAAAAGAGAAACUACCCUGAGGCUCUUUUAUUACUCCUUGAGGCAGAAAAGGAAUUCAGGUAAUGCAAAGUGUAAAUGAUUAUUUUAUAAAAUUUAGUAAUAGAUUACAAAAUUAGAAAAUUUCAGUAAUAGAUUACAAAAUGUGGUAAGAAAAGUUUAAAUUAGUGAUUAUGUGUGAUCUAUUACUGAACAGAACCACAAGCACAUUGAAUCUAUUUACUUUGUUUUAAUUAAUUUUAAAAGAAUAAAAAAAUUGUUCAUUAAAAUGCACAAGUAAUUCAGCUCAUUGGAAAAUGUUUUAUAAUACUAAAUAAUUUUUGAAGCUGGACUUAUUUGCUUUGAUCAUGUUGUGCGAUCAAAAAUAAAGGUCAUGAGAAUACAUAAAAUGAUCACCAACUAAAGAAGCUCUUGAUUGUUAAACAAAUUCUCCUUUACAGCACCCAUAGAAAAUAGAAUGGAAAAUAAGCAUUUACUUAAUUCCAUUACAAAAGAAUUCUUCUGGGUAUAGUUGCAUUUAUAUGUAUUUUAUUUGGGAUUGUGGAUGAUGCUUUUUCAUUUGACAUUUUCAGUUAGUGGGGAAAGACCGGGAUGUGGAAGUUAUAAUUAAAAUUCUUUUUAAUGUAUGUGUUCCACAUACAGUCAUUGCAGGGCUCAGAUUCUUACUGCUGUUGAUAAUUAUGGUAUCCUUUGUCUGGACAUUGUCUGGUGUUACUUUUGGCUCAAGAGUAUUGUUGAUCUACCUAAUGCAGGUAAGAGAUUGAUCAGAAAUAAAAUUACUUUUUAACAGACGUUGCAUGACAGUUCUACCACUAUACAACUUGAACUAAUUUAAUUACACUGCACUACUCUUACAACCACAGUGUAGUAUUUUGUGUACCACUAUUACAGUUUGUAUAAGCCUACUAGCAUUUUUCUAUCACUAAUGAUGCAAUCUGAUUGGUUAUGCUACUUGCUAUCUAUUGUGUGAUAUUUGGUAAGUGUGAAGUUGUAAACAAACUAAAAGAAAAAACAUACAGGUAAGCUUGUUUUGUUGCUAAGUACUACUGUCACCACAAAGUAACUAUAUACCUCUUGCUCAUACUAACUGAGUGUAGGUCUGUACUGUAGAUUACAAAAAAAUUUUUUUCAACUCAAAUUUAUGGCCAAAGCGCAACGCACACAGGCCAUAAAUCUAAGUGGAAAAAAAUGAGGUAAAAAAUUGAAUUCAAUUGACAAUUUAUAUAGCACAUAUUGCCAGCCUCCAAGUGCUUUACAAUAUAAAAAGAGAGGGAAACAAAUAUUUCUAAUUAAGUACAUAAAGUACAUAAAGUGCUUGAAAAUCUCAAUUGGCAGCAGUCAGACUAGUUGGCUAUUUACACAGCACAGCUAAAGAGUUGAACUCGGGGGGACUGAGAGCAAAUUCAGUGAGCAGUAGGGUGAAGGACUUGAACCUGGGCCCACCAGAUUACAAAUCCAGUACCCUGACCACUUGGCCACACUACCUCCUCCUAGUUACAGUUACAGUAAAGAGCAAGAAAACAAGUCUUUAAAAUGCAAGGAGAAGAUUUCAAUACAAACAAACUUUUUAAUUCAGUGGGCCAUAACAGUAAAAUAUGGCCACUAAAUUGACCAAUCAUAGCACACAUACUAACUGAGCAAUAUGAUAAAACUAGUGACAAUGAAGUACUCUUACCGAAUUAAGGAUUGAUUGGUUGAGAAACUUUAAGUAAAUUUAGCCCUUAAGACUUUCCUAACAAUAUGUCUUUCAUUUUGCACAGGAGAAAAAUUAGAUUCUUGCAAGGGAUUUCAUUACUUUAACAUCAGUUGUAGUUACAGCUCUGUGAUCAUAACUUAGAUAUUCUAAAUAACAAUGUAAGGCAUCUGUGAAAAUUGUGUUCCAUGGUCUACCUUUGAACAAUUCACUGUUUUCCUGUAAAAUGAUUUUUAGCAUUUUAAUGAGCAACUUGAUCCUUGAUAUUUUUGUUCCAGAGGAAAAAUUGAAGAAGUGCAAGGAAUGUUUUGAAAGAAGCUAUGGCCAAAACCUUGAGAGGCUGACUGUUGUUAGGGUAAUUGUAAACUGGAUCAUAGUAGAUAACAGUAAUUUUUCUUUUAAAUAUGUAGCUAGUAACAACAUCCCUCUAGUUUUGAAUACGGACCCUCCCUUGAGGUACCUAAAGUAAAUAAGUGCUCCUGGCAGUAAAUUGAAUUAUUACCAUAUAUACUGUUAUGACUAUAACAGAAAAACCACAGCAGCAAUAACAAAAAACCUGCUUCUAUGUCCAGGGAAAACUCUUUUUGGGUCAUGUUCUUACACUUGACAUUAAGCCUUAAUUUCUUCUUCAGAUAGUUUGUAAACUACUGAUUCUCUCCUUUUAUUUCUGAGACUUUGGGGGAACCCUGCUAGAAGUAUAUUAAGUGUUUUAACAAUAGAGGGUCAAAAAAUGAAUGCACUGUGCCGUGUUUGAACAACUCUCCUUAGGGCAAAGACUCUUGUUUUUUGCAGGGCAUUUUCCUCCCCUGACUAUGUUCUGGGAGAGUAUCAAAGUCACUAAGAACCAAAGAAUGAAAGCCUUACCCCCUGUAAAUAAAAUUCCUCAUGGAGCCAAGACUCUUUUUUUUUUUUUUUUUUUUUUUUUUUUAGGGGGGGGGGGACUUUUUCCUUUCCUCCACCCCCUCAUUAUAAACUCUUCAACUCCCAGAAGUUAAUUCACAACUCUCCCCACUAGCUUCUAAAACAUUUCCUAGUAAAUUAUUUAGAGAAUUUAGUUUUAUCUCAUCUUGAGGUUAAAUUAUCGAUUUGAUAUACCGGUAUUGCGGUGUUUAUUCUCAUCCUCUGUUCACUUGACAUUGAAUAAUGAUGUCAUAAGGAGAUAACAAGUAAUAAUCACAUCUGAGUCACAAAUUUAUGUGCAAUCACUCCCACGAACAGGGUAGUAGUGGUGGUGAAUUGGCCCUUUUUGUGCGCCUGUAUGUGCUGGAGGCUGUUUGUGCAUAUCAUAAAGGAGAUAUUUUCGGUACAACAAAAUGUUUGGAUAAGGUACAGUUUGUCAUUUGUAAUCUGUGUUACCUCCAUCCUCGUUCAUUGUUCUUGUAUUAUUCCGCCUUUUAGAUGUUUGUGCCCUUUAGAAAACUAAUGUGUUCGAUGGGAGGUAACAUUCCUUUAACCAAGCUUAAUCAACAUGUGUAUCUCUUAUCGCGUUGUUAAUCUCUGCCCCACGUCAAUGGCCUAAAGCAGGGUUAGAUCUCGAAAUUUCAGGUGGAUAGUGCAGUUGUUUAUAAUAAAGUUUAGGGUAAAUACAUAGUAACGAGAAUUAUUUCGUGCGAGCGCUCAACAAAGAGUGAAAAAGAAACCGCAUUUCUGACCAUGAAAAUUAACUGUGUCUGUUGUCAUCUCCUAUGUUGCAGGCGGAAGAUUUACAAAGUAAGCUGCACAUCAACAAAGAUCAAUUAAACCAGAGUAAGUUGUUAAGCAACAUGAAAGCUUUUUUACUUAGUUUUACCUUUCAUCUCAAGUAAUUAACGUGCAAACAAUCUAGGUAUGGUUUUUAGUCAGGUCCAUACUAGACACCUGAAACGCUUCUUUUGUUGAAAGAACUUGAAAAAGAAUUGUACCCCGAUCAAUGAUAACAAGUUACCGUAUUUCCUCACAUAAGUGCCAAGGCAAUUCCUCAAAAUUUUGGCACAGAGGAGGGGCGCUUAUUGGAAGGAGGGCGCCUUUUAAGAAAUUAUUAACAUGUACUGAUUCCGUUGUAGUUGAUGCUUUAAAAUUUUUGGAUCAAAUGGCAACAGAUUUAUGUUUUCCUUGUAUCCCUACUUUUUAAGAAAGUGAGGGUGGAGGGGGGGGGGGGCGGCACACUUCUUCGAGGGAGCCCUUGUUCGAUUUUCUUGCCAUGGGGGUUGGCGCUUAUUCGGGGGAGGGCGCUUAUUCGGGGGAGGGCGCUUAUUAGAGCGUAAACGCGUAUGCGAGGACAAACAACAUCUCAUGAAAGCCUUUUUUUCUGUCUGCAGUAUUGAUGAUGGGUUUUACAGAAUCUGAAGCUCGUCUCGGUUUAAGAGCUUGCCAAGGGGACACCACCCUGGCUAUUGAUUAUAUCACAAAGAAGAGACAGGUAAGUUCUCUUUCCGUACAGAAGAGUAUGACUUGACUUGAACCCCAUUAAACCCACUAAAACGGUACAAGGUAUUUGGUAUUUAGAGAUAUCCCGCGGGGUAAGUUACAGUGACGGGAACAGGACCCAACUUUGAGUUGAUGGGACAUUCGAGUUAAGCUCAUUGCACAGUUGUUCCGAGAAAGGUUGUCAUGCUCAGAAGGAAAGGUCUACCAGGUCUAAGUUUAAAGCUUUGUCUAAGAGUAGUAAGUCAAGGUCACUGAUUUUGCCUUUUACCAAAAAAAUUGAACGUCAAACCUUGCUCUUAGGUAGGGUAUUCUAACACAAUUUUGGCUUCUGGGCGGGGGCAGGAAUUUGAACGAAACAAUCCCCAAAAGUUAAAAUUCCCGGGGAUGUUGCUGGUGGGAAUGUUAAAGCUUCGAAUCGUUUGACGCAUAACCCCCGAGAAUUCUUUUAAUGGUGCCAGACAGCUUACUAGCACUUAUCGAUACAGCUAGGUGGAGAGAGGCGCUGUGAGAUUUUUGUCUCUUGCCCAAAAACAUCGCUCAAUGACACGGUCAAGGCCUGAGCCCGUAUCUUUUGGAUACGAAAACCAGCUAGAUAGUUUCUAGGCCACUUCGCGUCAACUGAUAAAGAAUCUUUUGAAAGACCCAAAAUUAUCUCACCUUUCUGUUGAGUAAGAAUAUAACGCUUUUUUUCCUGGGACCUUUUAACAGGAGAAAAAAGAAAGAAGGAAGAAAGAGGUCGAAGAGAGAAAGAAAAAACGACUGGAAAGAAAAUUAGGGAAGACUGGAACAGGAGAAUGGUAAGAGACACAACACCGCGGGAACUAUCAACGUAAGCAUGAGGGGGUGGGGUAGGAUGGGAGGAUGUGAAUAAUGAUCUUGUGACUGGGUGAGUUACAAUUUGAACAAAUUACGGGCGCGAACUACGAGCCUUCUAAGUGGGGAGUGGGGGGUGGGGGGUGGGUAGACGCUGCGGGUUUUGCGACGAGAAAAUCUAACUGAGAUUUUCAAGUUUUUCCUUUGCAAUUUGUUUGAAUCAUUUAUGCCUGCAGGUAUCCUUUUUUUUCUUCGUGCAUUAUCCAAGAUGUUUUCUGCCUUACCGAACUAAAAAGUUUUCUCGUUAAAAAUGAUUUUUCACGUCACUUAGACAUAAAAUCAUGGAUAAUCUUUGAAAAAGGUGUUUCAAAGUAACAGUUUACUCCUGAGGAGAUCAGAAUUUGAAAUUUCGAACAACAUUCAACGAUAGUUUGCAGCUAAGCCUGCGAUGAAUCUCUCAAAGCUCAGUGGCAGAGCAUACGAAGUACUAAUCGGAAGGUCGUAGGUUCGAAUAGGGUGAACUCUGAGUUCUUUUUUCCGAGUUUGCCUGUUUUGUUCACUGAUUAACGUCAUCUUUCACUUACAUAACCAGGCCUCAACUUUACCAUCUUCAUUCACAUCACCAUUUACAUCUUCAUUUCAUACAAGCAUCACAUUCGACAUUCCUGUCCAGCAGUAUGCAAGAAGCUUGUCACCAUAGACCCAGUUAAACAGCCAAGCCUGUCACGAGUCUCCGAUAGCACAGUGGCAGAGCAUGCGCAGUACUUAUCAGAAGGUCAUAGGUUCGACUCCUGUUGGGAGCACUCGCAUUUUUUUUCUGCGGAAAUCCUGUGUCAUUCAUUAAGUAACAUCUUUUAAUAUUUUUUCUGUUUGUACAGGGUCAAUGUAGAUUCUUAUAAAUUCCUUGUGGAGAUGGGUUUUUCCAGCUGCAUGGCCACGCAGGCCUUAAAACAGGCGAACAAUGAUAUCAAUAAUGCGCUGCAGGUAAGGCAACCCAUGUCCUUUUCAGUAGUAGAGAGUUUUGGCACGACAAGAAAAGAUUAGAGGCUAAGUUGUCUCUUAAAUUAGGGUUUGAGAACAAUAUGCGUUGAUCGAUUCGAAGCUUCAACACCCCCCUUCCUUCCCCAAACCGGGAAACCCACAGGCAUUUGACCGUGUUUCGUAUCUCACUGGGAGGGAAUUUGAACCUUGCCUGGUUGGGGUGGGAAAUUUGAAUCGGAGCUGUUACGUCUGCCCGGCGGAAUACACGUUUUAUCUUUUAAUAUGGGGAUAUCUAAAGCAAACAGUUUACUUUCGCGAGCAGUUGACUCUGAAGAAUAGGUCAACAAGAAAGCCACGGUCCCUGUCUCGCCUUUUACGCAAAAAAGAAACAAUCAAAUCCUGCACUCGGGUAGGGAUUUCGAACACAAUUUUGGUCCCCGGGACGGGAUUUGAACGAACCAACCUGCAAAAGUUCAAAUGUCAAGGGGGAUGUUGAAGCUUCAAAUUGGUCGAUGCAUUUAGUUCCGUAUUAAUUUGAUGUUGACUAACGGUUAUUUCUGAUCUGAAUGAAUAUUUACAGGCUCUUCAAGAUAAUCCAGAUUUACUUGAUAUUCCUGGCAAAAGGUGAGGAUAUAACAAUGCUGAUUAAUUUCCAAAGCAUACAAAACACGUCGAUGCCAAUUGACCUUAUUGAUUCGGAUUCUGGUCUACCCAUAGCGUUAGUGAGUUACUUACUCAUUCUUAUGAUUGUUAAACGAAUUCUCCCAAUCAUCACCCGAGGAAAUGUAUAGAGAACAGUAGGGAGAAUGUGCAUAAUGAUGUUAAGUUGGAAAGUGUUAAGAGAUAAAUAGCCGCUUUCGUGGUGUAGCCAAACUUUCAUUGCGAGCGAUCCGUGUGCGCUGCCGCUAUAAUGUUAUGAAACAGCACAAGGUACUUCACUAACUCACUAACUGUUCGUCAGGUCCAGAUCAUCCUUCAGUGAAUCUGAUCUCUCUGAUGAACAAGUUGCUCAGGUGAGUGGAUUAUAAUUCAAUCAUUGUUUAUCGAUAUAAAAAUAUGAUUGAAUCAAAUAUUGCCUUUACAAUGAGCGGCAAUGAUUAACUUCACACUGUCUACUUAAAGCCGUUUGACACCUACAUUGGGAUAUCGGCGCUAACUGUAAACAAGAGAGUUUUUUACAGGGGCAAUUUUUCUACAGGGCUCUUUUAAGGAUUGUCUGGGAAUAGAAAGUAAAACCAGCGUUCAUUUUCGCCGUUUGCUGCCAGUUGCCGUAGACGUCAUUCCUGAACUCGUAAACUGCCUUGAAUAGAAGAAACCAAAUAGCAACGAAAAUGACUAAGGAUGGGAAAGAUAAAACCUUUAACCCCUAAGAAUGACUAGCAUCUAAUUUCUCCCUACAUUAUCAGCCCUAAAUCACAUUAAGGUCACGCCGAGAAUGAAGGUAGUGAUCACUAACUUGAAAAGUUCUUCAUUGUUAAACGAAUUCUCCUUGUCAACACCGAAGGAAAUGUAUAGAGAACAGUAUGAAGAAUAUGCAUACUAAUAUUAGGGUGUACAGAGUUAACGAGGGUUGAAAAUGACGAACUCGAACAUUAAGCCCGAAUUUUUCAAAAUGUGAAAAUAAUAACGUAGCGAUCUUAAAGGCCAUAAUGAAACUUUUGCGCCCUUGUACAACGACCUUCCAAUCUGAUUAAAUCAUUCAAAUCUCUGAUAUUUUUUCUCGUUUUCUAGGUCUUGUCCAUGGGUUUCCCAGUCGAGUCUAGUAAGGAAGCCCUAAAGCGUUGUCUUGGUGAUGUUCAGCAAGCUAUAAAUAUGUUGCUGUCGACCGAAGGAGUUCUUCCUUCCUUAUCACUACAGGCUGUUCAAGGUACUACUCAUUAAAAAACAUUUGCAUUGGCCGAUAUUUCAAGGAGCAGAUGCUAUUUAACUGAGUUUUAACCGUCUAGUGUAAGAACUUGCCUAAGGAGCUGUCGCAUUCAAUAUCGAAUCGCGUACUAAAAAACCAGCCACUUACAAGACUGAUCACUUACUUUUUAUGGACUGUCUUAGCUUUAUAAAUUUGUCGGGCACAGUUGCGUGAAUCGAUAAGAAAUCGCCCCUAACUAUUGCUCCUCGUCAAUUAGUUUGUAUCAAUGUUUAAUUCUCUACAAAUAAUUAGUCUGUCUCUAGAUCAAGGGUGGAGGUAAAGAGUCACUUAGCUACUCAGGCAUAGAUGUCAGAAAUGAACGACAUUAUUUUUAAAAUUAAGGAAUCAUCAAGAUCGAGCCGGUUUGCUUUCUGUGCCAUUGCGCAUAACCUUGGAGGUAAUUUACCUGAAUCAGCCAUUGCAAGACAUAUCGUUCGUCCAGUCGAAUUCUUUCAGGAAAUAUCUUCUACGCACCCUAACUUAAAGAGUACAGGGGAAGAAAAACUCAGGCUUCAAGAGUAGCGCUCAGAGGUUACGCUUUUUCAGCUUGUGUUUUUAUCGUCUUGAUGAAAGAUGUCAUGACGUCAUCAUAUUGAACACCACAAACCACAGGCCGCCAAACAUCAUACAUCAAAUUUCACCACAGAAACACUAACCAAUCGGCUGAAGUUUUCAAAUUAGUCGCGCCGCAGGAACGUACACUAAAAUUAGAUUUUAAAAAAUAUCAUUGGAAGAGGGGUAUGUAUGGGGGGUAAGUUCUAUUAGUUGAUGUUCUCUUGGUUAUGUUAUGAUAAGUCUGGAAGCGUAAAUUUACGGAUUCUGGAACGGCUUUGGAAGUAGCGAGGAAAAAAUGCGAUCGCUUGGCGACAGUUUUCCUAAAUUUAAAGAUAGGGGUAACAUUCCUAAAAUUACGAGAUUUUUAUAGUUUUGGUAAGUAAUAAAAAUUGUUCACGUUCGACCAUGAAAUGACGGCUAAAGGAAAUAUGCAAAAACAUUGAAGACAGUUAUCUAUUAGUAACACCAAUCUAGGUUUUUCAAAAAAGGUUUUAAAGUUGAAACGUUAAUGGAAAGUUUGUUCGUGUGAAGUAGUGCUAACGAACAGCUUUGUUUGUCAUUCAUAAGUUGCUAAAAGGAAGGAAUGAACUUUUUUUCAUGAAAACGGAAACAAUUGAGGUAUCAAUAUUUUUCAAGUUUAUCUUUUCUCUAAAACAUCUCUGAAAGGGAACGUGUCCAGCUACUUGGUUCCGUAAAUCAAGAAAAGUUUUAUUCGAUUAUGGCUUUAAGAGAAAAGAUCUCCACGAAUUUGAAGGAUACUGAAUAGAAGCGAUAGACAGGAAGCUAUCUUUCUGUUUAUUCGAAUAUGCAUUGAACAUGCAAACAAUUUCAUGCAGCCUAGAGUUCGUCUAUUGUAACUGAUUCUGCUCAAAUUUGAACUGACUAUUUCUUGUAAGAGAUCAGUCACGCUUAGAGCCACUUUGGCAAAAUCGGUUUUCUUUCAACUCUCUUACAGACUCUUAAUUUGUUUACUAAUCUCGUUUAUUACGCAACCCGAUCCUCCUCCGCUACCAUGGCGCUGUUCAGUAUCGCGCUUUGUUUUACGAACCCAACAUCUGGAACAGCUACAUUUAAAACUUCAGUACUUUUUCAGCAUUUCGGGGAUGUCCGCCAAUGGUCGUUUUAACUUUAAUAUAAGAAGCGCAAAAUUGGAGUAAUUAGCGAGUGCGUUUGUUUUAACAUAUUAAAGUAUAUGUAAGGUUUUCAAUCGUAGAAUUAAUAACUUUGUUUAUGUGACUUUAUACACCUGGUACAACUGGAAAUGCAAUUAUUGCAAAAACGAACGAAUGGUUAAUAAUGUUUUAUGUUCAUGGACUAAAAGGCUUGUUUAUCUAUUCCUUUUUUGGAGUACAGACAUUCUACCAAUAUAAUUUUUAGUAAUUCUGAAAUUUUUUAUCGGUUCUUUGGGAUGUAUAUGGUCAACGCGAGUGAGUGAGGAGCCUUUACAACGAAAGAAUACCUUAUGAUUUAAAGAAAAAUGAUGACAUGUUUACUUAAAGUAAUUAUAUCAAAGAUCCUUCCUGCUUGCGGCAAAUGUUUCGCGUCCUUCCUUCGGUUCAAAAUUAACUAUCUUCACCGCGACGCCUUCGUCAUUGCUGAUCGUAGCCGUGUCAACUACUUUUGUCUCACAGCUACCAGAUAUGAGACACUCACUCUCUACCGAACGAGGUCUCUGAAAGAGAGAUUGCGACAGCAAAAUUGGAAGCUCUGACGUUCUCAACCACUAAGGGUGGUCUUCUUUUUUUUUUCCUUCGCUUCACUCUCGCGACAAAGGUUUUCCUCAUCCACCUUGGUGUUUCCAAUUUGUGGCAAAAAUCCAACUCUCUUAUGGAACUCAGACUUUAUUCUCUGCCCCAUUCGCGUCGCAAAUUAAGAACAUCCGCUUCAUUCGACGACUGAACUAAAAAUUUGCUAUCUCUUUGUUUACACUUACGAAGCUUUCGGUAUUUUAAGAAGUAUUUCUUGAAGAAUUCCUUAGUUUUUACAUUGUCUUUAGGUAAUUUUCUUAGGUUUUUUCCUUUUUCUUUAUUGUUCCUUUGCUCACAAGUUUACUCUUCUUAUGAGCCCAGCUGUUCAACGAGGCUGGUAUGGUCUCCGAGCCUCGCCCUGCACCACUCUUUCCUUUAUUAAAAAUUAUGAUGUGCUGUCAUGAUGAAGCAUCGUGGCUACUGAGAUAUUGGUAACCGAACACAUAACCAAGAUGAAUGUUCAAUCAUGAGACUUUGUUGUCAUUAGACGAACUAACAACACCGGCCCAUAUGAACAGUACAAUGAGGGCUGUACUCUCAGCUCGCUAUCCGGCCUUCAAGGUCUCAUCAGUGAACGGAGAACAUGAGCUGUUCCGUAAACCAAGCAAGCUUAGUGACCUAACUCAGCUUAAGGGGUUUGUACACUCCACUUCACUGUACACGCUUUAUUUUCGGUAUCUUUGGCAUCAGACUGCGCCACUGUAUAGUUCUCCGUUCUUGAAACUUUCCUCUAACUCGAUACUCUGCUAGUUGUUGUGUUUUCCAUAGAAAGCUAAAUUUACUUCAUUUUGGUUAAUCGAGAAAAAGAAACUCGACUCUUUUUUGUUGUUUAAUUUGCAGGUAAACAGAGUAGUUGUUCUUUAUUGCGCAGAGUUAGAAACGCGCGAGUCAUUUAGUAAAUAGUGCAGUCUAAGACACUAUCUGGCAUAGUUCGGUUUGAUUGUUAUCCAGACAAGUUUUAUCAGAGUUCCUUGAGUAUUCUACCUGAAUGCUCUUGCAGUACAAAAUUCUUUUAAGAGCGGCUCGAUAGUCUCUGAAGCGGAGAAAAUAUAUCACAGGAUUCACUGCAGAAUGCGACAGCGCUAGCAACAACAAUCCGUCAUGUAAGGCUCCGUGAGAUGUCUUGGUUACAGUCUGUCUAGCGAUGGUCAGGGGAGCGAAGCAGAGAACAAAGACACCGAUUACCAGAGCCAUAGUCUUAGCCACUUGUUUCUCCAAUGCUUGGCUCUGGUACUGACUUCUCUGAAGUUCGGUUUGACUUCUUCUUUGCCUCCAAACAACGACAAAGAUGUGUAAGUAACAUGCUGUAACGACAACAGAACAAGUCAUAGUUGCCGUUGUUGAAAAAAUCGUAAUGAAAGCAUUGUCGUCGAAUGCAGCAACGGCGCCAUACAUCAACGAACACGUCCAGGUAAUGGCAAGAACGAUUCGAAUGCGCCGUGUUGUGAUGUAAAAUUUGUGCCUCAAAGGUCUAGAAAUCACAACAAAACGCUCAAUACUCACCCAGCUUAAGAUGAGCAGAGAGGCGCUUGAGGACAAAGUAAGAAUGACCCUGCGAGAAUACAGAACCCCCUGAGAUACGCAAAUUCCGUGUGUCUUUUGGACUGUCCACACAGAGUUAAGCGGCAGAGCAGCAGCGCAAACCAAUAGAUCUGCAAUAGUGAGGUUUAUGAUGAAAAGAUUUGACACUGAAUGCAAUCUCGAUGAAGAGACGAGAAUAAGAACGUUGAAAAAAGUGCCGAGUAUGGUGGUGAUUAUGUUGGCGAUGGUGAGAAACACUCCAGUUGUAAAAUGGUAGCUGCAACCUCGGUCAGACAUAACAGAAUAGUUACCAUCCAUUUGUGAUCUCGCUUUUCUUCUUUACAAGGUAAUCCUCGAUCAAACGAUUCAAAUCUUUUGCCUCCCAAACCAGCAUUGAGAUGUUAAUGAACCAUUUGAAUUUUAAUUUAAAUAGGUGUUAGCAAGUCGCUUCGUAGUUAUUGUCGCAAAAAGCAAACAAAAGGUCUUUAUUGAAGGAAGUUUUUUUUAUCCAUUAAGAAGACAAUACCUUCUGUGGAUUUUUACUCGCUGCCUUGAAAAAAGAAGUGUGUGAAAAUGAACAACCCACGGUUAAACAAGUACCGGAAGGAAAAAGCAUUUAUUGUCAGAACGUAAAGGCAUUCAUAAAGAUUCCCUUUCAAAAAAGUGAUCAUUGUUUUUGCUUGCGAAACUGUCAAGCUUAGGUUUUAAUUAUAACUUAUUGCUUUAUUAGGAAUAAAUUUUUGGUAUUUUGUUUGCAGUUUGAAAGCUGCACUAGCUUUGUUAUACAAAGUAUAUUUGUAUAGACUCUUUUGAUAAAAAAAAAGUGUAUGUGUAUUGAAAUUGUAUGGAGACUGGGUAAUGUUGAUUGAGCAUAUGGGAAGGUGAUGGAAAAGGUUCUCGGUGUCCAACAUUGAAAUGAAUUUCAUUCCAUUUCCAAAGCGCAUCAGGAUAAUGCAGGGUUAUUAUCCUGUUUCUAUUUCCUUGAAUGCUUUGAUUUUGAUUAAAAUUUAUUUUUCUCUUAACGAAGAGGACUUGAAUGAUAAACUGGUCUCUUUCGCACACAAAUUUUGUUUAAAAAAUUAAUCGUUUUUGUUCAGAUGAACAAAUGAAGUCUGCAUCACACCCGAAGUGUGAAGCUAGAGCUUAUGAAGAAAGUUUAAAGAGGAUAUAAGAAAAGUUAGUUGGUUAUGUAUUUUUUCCAUCGCAUACGAUCAUCUGAAUACGGGCCUGUUGUUCUCUGAGUACCUAGGAAGGUAAUGAAUAAUCGUCAAAUGAUAACCUUUGGAACUUUCCUUGUCCCUCAGUAUUCGUAAAUGUUCGAGAAUUCAUUUGUGUAGCACAAACGUCGUCCUUUUUGUGUAGUUCCUAUUGAUGUGGUUUGCUCUUUGAUUCCGAAUUUGGGGGGCACUUGCCAAAAAUUCAUUCAGAAAUUGUAAACUGCUCAAUGCAAAGUGUUGUAAAUUAAAUGAGAAUAGCUUCCAAGGAGGAGAGUUACUCAAAAAAGCCACAGUAAUUUAAUUGAUGCAGGUGUGGUGAUGGUAUAGCGCUAGGUGUGCAUUAUAUUAGAGACUCCACCGGAUGGAUAAUAUAAAUUCCAAAGUAAUGCUGAAUACAUGUAAUCUCUGUUAGAAAUAUUUGUUUUUACCGGAACAAGCGAACAAGCGAAUAAAGUAUACAGAAAUCUCUUUCGUGGGUGGCGAGCAAAAUUGCUACUCUCUCAGAUCAAGUUAAGGGCCUCCUGAACCUCGUUUUGAGUGAAAAAUAUCUUACUUUUACAUGUGACGUCGAGAAAGACUGUGGAAAUAACAAUUAAGUACGCCAUUUAUGGGGAGAUAUACUACCUCACUGAUGAUUGGUGCGCAAAAACUGCAUUGAUUGUCUGAAUUGCACAAGUGCUGUGUCCAUUUAUUGUUUAUUUCUCUUAGAAUGCUUUUACACCCGCUUUUUUUCUUGAAGAGGGUGGAGGAGGGUUGGAAAAUAUGUGAGAUUCUAAUAACAGAUCAACAUUCUAGAGCUCAUGGUCGCGCAUAGUAGCGUUCCCUCCGAUGAUUUUUUUCUCUUUCGUGUUUCAGGCAACGGCUCAGAAAGCGAAGAUGAAGAGGACCAAGAUCCAGAUGUUGAAGAAGCUGUUAAUGAAUUAGUGCCAGUCCUCGCUACUGAAGAUGAUGAAUCUUAUUUGAACAUGUCACUGGAGGAAGAAACAUCUAUUAUUGUCGAAUACAGGACAAUGAUUUUAUCUUCUGGCUACAAUGCAAAUUCUGCUUCAUUUAAAUCCUAAUUCCGAAUAACUCUCUUAAACCUCUCUUUUGAAGUUUUAUCCAAUCGCGGCCUUUAUAUUGCUAGGUAGAGUAAACGUGAGAUUUAAGUUACAUUCUUAUCUUCGCUUCGAUUAUAAAAACUUGUAUUUAAGCGUGCUGGCCUGAAACCUACUUUUAACAUAAUAGCGGAGCUCGCAUAGCGUAGCCCCAUAAUUAUACCAAAUACUAGUAACCCAUCAAGCCGAAAAAAUUUGGACUUACGACCCUACGACCGUACAAGAUGCUACUUUUAACAUGCGUGGUCAACUGUACCGCGGGCAUACCAACGCCACGGCUUUGUCCAGUAGUCUAGUGGCCAGUGCAUUUAGCUCCGAGUCGGAUGACCUGGGUUCUAGUCCCGGCCGGGACAAGCCGUUAUGCCCUUAAGACAUGCGGGAAAAAAAUGCGAGCUCAGCUUUUAGGCUUGGCUAAAUCUAUAUAUUAUGGUCGAACUAAUUUAACAAAAAAAAAAUUAUUACCGAGCUAAACAUUUACCAUGUUUCUUAUACUAUUUACAAACAUGACACGGUCGAAAUUGUCGAUCUCAGCUAUACAGGACGCGUGUCAUGUGUGAACUUCGUGGAUCAAUAUUUGUUCCUGGGAAACCGAGCUCGACAUCGAUACCAACGAUGAGUACUUCGUAAGUCUUUGUUAGGAAGUGGGGGAAAUGUAUUGGAAAGAUAAAUUAUCUCAUUCUAACGUUUUUCGUUGAAGCGUUUCUCUUGCUCCAAGAUAGGGACGCUCUUCCUUUCGCUCGCGCGCGUUCCGGCUUUCUCUUCAACACUUAGAAGGGUCAGAUUCAACAAUUUGCAUUGAGAUAUUACUUUAAACUUUAACUGUAAUUUUUUAGAAGGGUUUUCAUCAUUUCACAUGAAACAGCUCAAGAAAAAAGCCCCUG